UCAAAGUUUAGCAGAGGGAAGCCGCACCCUACCGUGUUCCUGGUGUAGUAAGUGUUGUGAAUAGGACAGUUUUGUGGCUGAAAACGGAUAUAACGCGAAUUGUAUGUUUCCCUGACCCACGAGAAAUCGUCAGGGGCAUUUUAAGUUGUAAAUUUGUGUCCAGUGUGUUCUGAGCAAGUAUGAAUGAGCUAGACAGUUUGCGACAAGAAGCUGAAACAUUGAAAAAUGCUAUUAGAGAUGCAAGGAAAGCUGCAUGCGAUACAAGCCUCGUUCAGGCAACGAGCAAUAUGGAACCCAUCGGACGAAUUCAAAUGCGCACACGUCGAACACUUAGGGGGCAUCUUGCAAAGAUUUAUGCAAUGCAUUGGGGCUCAGAUUCUAGUAUUUGCAGGAACCUAGUGUCGGCGUCUCAGGAUGGCAAGUUAAUAGUUUGGGAUAGUUACACAACAAACAAGGUGCAUGCCAUUCCUUUGCGUUCAAGUUGGGUUAUGACAUGUGCCUAUGCUCCUUCAGGGAGUUACGUGGCCUGUGGUGGCCUGGAUAACAUUUGUUCGAUCUACAGUCUCAAAACGAGAGAAGGAAAUGUACGUGUAAGUCGGGAACUGCCAGGACACACCGGCUACUUGUCCUGUUGCAGAUUUCUUGACGAUAAUCAGAUUGUCACAAGUUCAGGAGACAUGUCAUGUGCGUUAUGGGACAUCGAAACAGGACAGCAGUGCACGUCAUUUAUUGGACACACUGGUGAUGUGAUGUCUCUCUCUCUUUCUCCAGAUAUGCGUACAUUUGUAUCUGGAGCUUGUGAUGCAUCAGCAAAGUUGUGGGACAUCAGAGAGGGUUCAUGCAAGCAAACCUUUCCUGGCCACGAGUCUGACAUCAAUGCUGUAACGUUCUUUCCAAAUGGCUAUGCCUUUGCAACAGGCAGUGACGAUGCGACAUGCCGUCUAUUCGACAUUCGAGCAGAUCAAGAAUUAGCAAUGUAUUCUCAUGAUAAUAUUAUUUGUGGGAUUACAUCUGUUGCAUUUUCCAAGUCUGGUCGCUUACUGUUGGCUGGUUACGAUGACUUCAAUUGUAAUGUUUGGGACUCAAUGAAAACGGAACGUGCAGGUAUCCUUGCUGGCCAUGACAACAGAGUUAGCUGUCUAGGAGUAACAGAAGAUGGAAUGGCAGUGGCAACAGGGUCAUGGGACAGUUUUCUACGAAUUUGGAAUUAAAGCUGCACUGCAGAAAUUGAGAAAUCAUUCUAAUGUGUUAUUGGCAUGUAAUUCAUUUUUAAAUUAAUUGCAUGGAGAAAGAGGACAGUUAUAAAAAGAACAGAAUCAUGUAGGAAGGAAACCAGCUUUUGAUUUGUAGUGCUAGAAGCAAGAAAUAAUGCAUUUUGUUGUUUGUUUGUUUUGUUUGUGUGUGUGUGUGUGUGUGUGUGUGUGUGUGUGUGUGUGUGUGUGUGUGUGGAAAGGAGCGCACACUGUUUAUAGGAUGUUAAACUUAAGUUAUACCGAUGUAAAGUGACCAUUGUACUGCAUCUUGCAAGUUGCACAUAUUUAAAUAACUUCUCUGUGUUUUGUGAAUGUUACUUUCAAAUAAUCUCAUUUAAGUGUAUUAAUAUUCUGAGGGACUCCAGUGUUGGGAGAUUUCUUUGGUUAGGCGUGUUAAAUGUAUGCAUGACAACUGUGUACACUUGUAUUUGAAUUUACUACUACCA